AUGUCUGUUCACGCGGCCCUGGGCUUUUUGCCCAACGAGGAGCUUUUCCAGCACGAAAGACCCUAUUCUCUCAAAUUUGAACCUCCUGAGGGGCUUCGUAGGACAAAUAUUCAGGCUGAGUACCGUGAGAACAUCAUUGAAGACAUCCGUGGCCAUGAGGAUGAUUUCAACAUGGAGAAGAAUGGUUUCGCAUUGGUACCUUUCCACACCAAAAUGACCUAUGAAGAUUUUGAGAAUGAGGACAAGAUCCUCGCUAUUCGCAAGCAGCACGAAGCUUUUCCGAUCGCAACAGGAGGGACUUAUGAGCAUAAUCAGCCCACAACAAUGGUUCAUAUUGAUAUAAGCAAAGACUGGGCAAGACAAUUAGCAGGCGGUCUCAAUCACAAAAUGGGUGUCCGCGAACUGCCCUCUCAGAACUAUAGGUUUUACAAUCUCUGGAGACCAAUUAGGGGACCCAUCAGACGCUGGCCGCUUGCCCUGUGCGAUAAUUCGAACUUGGAUAUUGACGCAAUCGAAAUUGGCGAUGUUGUGUUUGAAGACUUCACCAUCAAUAACGAAUACAUCCACUUCAGCCCAGAACAAAAGUGGUACUACGUUAGCGAGCAGCAGGAUUCCGAAGCAUGGGUUUUCGUUCAAGGAGAUGCGAAGCCGCACACUCGCCACGGAGUUCCUCAUUCGUCGUUUCAAAUACCAGGCGUAAAUAACGACGCUGUGCCCAGGGAAACAAUCGAAAUCCGAGCCGUUGCUUACUUCGAAGAUGAUGUUCAACUGUUUUAA